AUGAAGGAAACAUUGAAGUACUUAGCAGGAAUCACAGGCCCAAGUGGCUAUGGUUCAAAAUCAACAGCUGAGCAAGUAACUCAAGAUUGCAUGGGUUUCAUUCCUUCUAAUCUCACUGCAAUUGUCACUGGCGCGACGUCUGGCAUUGGGGCUGAAACCGCAAGAGUGCUGGCGAAAAGAGGCGUGAGAAUAAUUAUUCCGGCAAGGGACUUGAGGAAGGCAGCAAGAGUGAAAGAAAGUUUACUCAAGGAAAACCCGGCAGCAGAUAUAAUCUUGUUAGAGAUAGAUUUGAGCUCGUUUGCUUCAAUUCAGAGAUUUUGCUCUGAGUUCUUAUCCUUAGGAUUGCCCCUUCAUAUUCUCAUAAACAAUGCUGGCAAAUAUUCACAAAAAUUGGAGUUCUCUGAAAACAAAAUUGAGAUCACUUUUGCCACAAAUUACUUGGGACAUUUUCUGUUAACAGAAAUGUUGUUGGAAAAAAUGGUGGAGACAGCAGCAGAAACUGGCAUCCAAGGAAGAAUAGUGAAUGUUUCUUCAGUGAUUCACAGCUGGGUGAAAAGAAACAAUUUUUGCUUCAGCAAAAUGCUCAGCCCCAAAAGUUAUAACGGCACUCGAGCUUAUGCCCAAUCAAAACUAGCUAACAUAUUGCAUGCCAAGGAAUUGUCAAGACUGCUCAAGGGAAGAAAAGCAAAUGUAACUAUCAACGCAGUGCACCCAGGAAUUGUAAAGACUGGAAUUAUCAGAGAAUACAAAGGUUUUAUCACAGAUUCUUUGUUUUUUAUGGCAUCCAAAUUGCUGAAAUCAAUAUCACAGGGGGCAGCAACCACAUGUUACACUGCAUUAAGCCCACGGAUGGCCGGGGUGAGUGGCAAGUACUUUGCAGACUGUAAUGAGAGUCGCUGCUCAGCACUAGCAAACAGUGAAAUUGAAGCACACAAGCUACGGAAGCAGACAAAAGCUUUAAUACACAGGCGAUUGCUACAGCCAGCAAGCUAA